AAAGUUGUCUUACCUGCUUAAAGGCGCCGCCGGGGCAAGCUCAACCAGCUUGCACGGAUAGGUAAAACAGCUAUUUAAGCUUUAUAAAGACAGCGAAACAGAAGGAAUAAGAGUAAAAGUAAAGGAGUUAGGAUGAGCGCAGACAAUCAGGGAACGAAUUGAUGUCGCUACGAGGAAUCAGAGCGUGUUCGUUGUUCAAGAAGCGGAAACAACAACAACAACAACAACAGAGGAACUGACAAAUGGCUUUAAUUCCGUGCAAUAAUAGCAGCAUGCCUUGGCUUAGGACACGCGUAAAAAUGCUCCAAUUUGGAAUGACAAGCAAACAUUGUCAAGUUUUCCAUGUGUCGGGACAACCUUUGUGCUAUGUAUCACCUCACUCCUAGCUCGCUCAGCCGCUCCAAAGGAUUCAACUUGGACCCGAGUCACGAUGUCAAAAGUCAUCCAAAAGAAGAACCACUGGAUCCUUAAAGUGAACAAGUGCGUAAUUGUGCGGGACGCGUGCGGUGAGUUGAACGUGGAGCUUCUCGGUGGAGCUGAACAUGGACAGUUCGCUUAUAUAGGACACAUACGAGACAAUGCCGUCCUUUACCAGGACGGUAAACUCAGCCAGGGGGAGCUUAUACUGGAGGUCGAGGGACUGCCUGUGUCCGGAUUACCCCUCUAUGACAUUUUAACUGUGAUUACAUGCAGCCAAGGACCCAUAAUCUUAAAGACUGUGCGUCAAGGCAAUAAGCUGAACAAAGACCUGAAACACUACCUUAGUCUGAGGUUCCAAAAGACGUCUCCGGACCACAACCUGCAAAAGACCAUCCGAGCCAAUCUGUAUCGCCAUGCUGUGCCUUGUACCACACGCGCCCCCCGAAAAGGAGAGGUGCCAGGGGUGGAUUACAACUUCCUGUCUGUGGAGGACUUUCUAGAACUUGAAAAGAGUGGCACACUACUCGAAAUUGGAACGUAUGAGGGUAACUAUUAUGGGACCCCCAAGCCGCAGAGGCAGCCUAUCAUUGGGACAGUGAUUCUUGGAGAUGCAGGCUCCCAGCAGUCCACCCCAAAGCGCACCAAGUCCUACAAUGACAUGCAAAGCGUCCGAGUAGUGCCUGCUGACGACGACGAUGACGACCAGGCCUCGGAAAUGAACAACACUUUUACAGGAUCCUUAGUGCGUAGUCUCUUCCCCUCUCCUUUGUUGUGUGCAGGUAACCCUAGCGACCAGGAUGAGAGCCGCGGUGGCAUCCUCCGGCCAUACACCGCGCGUGACAAUGCUCCUCCUUGUGGUCUGAACAAUGCGGCCAUCGCCACUGCAGAAAGUGGGCAGCAGACCCUGGCAGAGCCGCAAGUUUCCCCGGAAGAUGCCCUGGGGCCGUUGCCUGAAAACUGGGAGAUGGCGUACACUGAGAAUGGAGAACUUUACUUCAUAGACACAACAAAGGCACACCACCAGGACAUGGCUGUGCAUUUAAAGAGCUUCCACAACACAAAGACCACAUCAUGGCUGGAUCCUCGGUGUAGAGACAAAGCCUCUCGGCCUCUGGAAGAGUGUGACGAUGAUGAAGAGAGGAUACAUACAGAAGACCUGGAGCGUGAUCUAGCUUCUCAAACCUGUUGCUCGUUCUCCUUAUGUCCAGUUCUGGAUCAUAAUUUGCCCCAAGAGCUGCCGCCAGGAUGGGAGAGGAUAGACGACCCAGUGUAUGGCAUUUACUAUGUCGAUCAUAUAAACAGGAAGACACAGUAUGAGAACCCAGUGGUGGAGGCGCGGCGUCGGAAAAUCCUGCAGGACCAGCAGCAGCCGCAGCCUCCAGAAGGUGAGCGGUUCAUUCGAGAGUGGAUUGAGGAGCACUCCUCAGCAGCAGCACCAUUGGUAAACUUCGCUGCAAACCACCUGGAGACCUACAGGGACCCCCAAGUCCCACCAACUCUACCUCCAGCCCCAGCAGGAGCCAAACGAGGGAAGCCGUUCUUCACCAGAAACCCUGCAGAACUGAAAGGAAUCUUCAUCAACACCAAGUUGAAGAAGAGCCGCCGUGGCUUCGGUUUCACGGUGGUCGGAGGAGACGAGCCAGAUGAGUUUCUGCAAAUCAAAAGUUUGGUGCUGGACGGGCCUGCAGCUGUGGAUGGCAAGAUGGAGACAGGUGAUGUCAUCGUAAGUGUGAACGACACCAUUGUGCUGGGUUACACCCACGCUCAGGUGGUGAAGAUCUUCCAAUCCAUACCUAUUGGCUCCAUGGUGGACUUGGCCUUAUGUCGUGGCUACCCCCUGCCCUUUGACCCAGAUGACCCUAACACAAGUCUGGUUACAUCGGUGGCCAUCUUGGACAAGGAGCCUAUUAUUGUCAACGGACAGGAAACAUUUGACUCGCCCUCCAACAAGGGUGGACCACUUAACGGCAUGAGGGAGUCUCGAGCGCACAGCCCCUCUGGCGAGAUGGUUUCCAACAGUCUGCACGGCUACGCCAGCGAUGUGGUCACCCUGGCCUCGUCUAUAGCCACCCAGCCUGAGCUGAUCACCAUACACAUGGAGAAGGGAGAUAAAGGAUUUGGGUUCACUAUCGCAGACAGCCUGACAGGAGGGGGGCAGAGGGUCAAGCAGAUUGUGGACUACCCACGCUGUCGGGGCCUCAAGGAGGGGGACAUUCUGAUGGAGGUUAACAAGAGAAAUGUCCAGAACAUGAGCCACAAUCAGGUGGUGGACUUGCUGAGCAAAUGCCCCCGAGGAAGUGAGGUCACAAUGCUGGUGCAAAGAGGAGUGGUGGCAGCCAAGAGGAGUCCGAAGCUGGUGCACCAGUUGGAGAGAAAAGACAGCCAGAGCAGCUCCCAGCACAGCGUGUGCAGCCAUCGCAGUGCUCACACGGACUCUCCCAGCCACCCUCCUGCCAUGCCCAGUGAGGUUGUGGUGCCCACUUCUGCUCCACCCACCCAGCCACUGCCUGGCCUUCCCCCUCAGGACCCCACAGAUGGCACACUCACCUUGCAGAAAAAGCCGGACCCUUUUAAGAUCUGGGCGCAGUCAAGGAGCAUGUACGAGAGCAGACUGCCAGAUAGUCAGGAGCAGGACAUUUUCCUUUGGCGAAAGGACACAGGUUUCGGUUUCCGUAUUCUUGGAGGAAAUGAACCUGGGGAGCCUAUCUACAUAGGUCACAUUGUGAAGUAUGGGGCAGCAGAUGAGGAUGGACGUCUGCGUUCAGGGGAUGAGCUAAUCUGUGUCGAUGGCACGGCGGUGGUAGGCAAGUCUCACCAGUUGGUAGUGCAGCUGAUGCAGCAGGCCGCCAAACAGGGCCACGUCAACCUCACUGUCAGACGCAAGACUACUGGAUACGGAGUCUCAAAGGGGGAAGGUGACGUUCCUCCAUCGCCAGCAUCCUCCCACCACAGCAGCACCCAAGCACCAAGCUUGACUGAGGGUAAGCGGACCCCACAGGGUAGCCAGAACUCUCUCAACACUGUCAGUUCGGGCAGCGGCUCCACCAGUGGCAUUGGCAGCGGCGGAGGAGGUGGCAGCGGGAGCACGGUUGUUCCUGCCUCCCUUCAGCCAUACGACGUGGAAAUCCAACGUGGAGAGAACGAGGGCUUUGGUUUUGUCAUUGUGUCCUCUGUUUCCAGGCCUGAUGCUGCCACUACAUUUGCUGGAAAUGCUUGUGUGGCCAUGCCCCACAAAAUAGGGCGCAUCAUCGAGGGCAGCCCGGCAGAUCGUUGCGGGAAGCUAAAAGUCGGCGAUCGGAUAUUGGCUGUAAACAACUGCUCCAUCACCAACAAGUCCCACUCAGACAUUGUCAACCUGAUUAAGGAAGCCGGGAACACGGUCUCGCUCAGGAUCAUCCCCGGUGAUGAGUCUUCCAAUGCUUCCCUGCUGACCAAUGCUGAGAAGAUAGCUACCAUCACCACCACACACACUCCUCAACAGUCCAAAGAGUCCCGGAAUAACUCAAAGUCGAAAGGAGUUCCUCCGCCGCAACCUACACAAACUCAAACACCACAGGACAAUGAGUUCUACUCAGUGGACCUAGAACGUGACAGCAAAGGUUUUGGUUUCAGCCUCAGAGGAGGGCGAGAGUACAAUAUGGACCUGUAUGUGUUGAGGCUAGCCGAGGACGGAGCUGCUGUCAGGAAUGGCAAGAUGAGGGUGGGAGACGAGAUCUUGGAGAUUAACGGCGAGAGCACAAAGAACAUGAAGCAUUCACGUGCCAUCGAGCUAAUCAAGAAUGGCGGUCGGCGAGCACAUCUUGUCCUGAAACGUGGGGAUGGAUCUGUACCUGAAUAUGACGGCAGCAAUGACGGGUACACUCCCACACCCGGGGCACAAAACACUUCGGAAAUGAGAACGCUGCCACCCUACAGCAGAUAUCACACCUCAUUGGAGUCCAGUUAUCCACCAGACCUUCACACACCAUCAUGCCACGAGGAGGCUGGACGUGGCCGAGAAAGGGACAGGAACAGGGUUGGGUCAGAUCAGAUGGACUACCAAGGCCGAAUGUUCAACCCCCACCAUCACCACACUUGGAACAACAAUCACAGUCAAAGUAACCCCAGGCAGCCGUCUCCUAACAACAGCAACGGUAGCAGCGGCAACAAGAAGAGCAGAGGCCGCAAGGUCAAAAAGUCAGAGUCAGAAAGCGGAAUCUCGAAACUUCUAAAGACUCUGAGAAAGGACAGUUCAGGGAAGAGGGCUGCAGCUGCACAAAAACUCAGGGGCCAAGGACUCUCAAACAGCAGCUCUACUUUGGACGGGAGGUUUCGCACACAGCGUCGCGGCUCCCUUGAUCGCUCGCCAACCCCAAAGCGCACCUCUUCCCCUGAUCGCAGGCGGGCCAAGUCGAUGGAUCGCAGGGCAGAGCGAGCGCAACGGGAUCGUACACCUGAGAGGGAGUAUGACGAUGGAGGGUUCCUCACUGUCACCCCUGAGCGCAAAUUCCACGAGCGCAGGCAGCUCCUCAAAGACUCGCCGAUGAGCGGGCGAGUCAGGGAGGCCUUCACCCCUGAGCGUUCCAACAACAAUGGAGAUUCAUCGUCGCUUUCCAGAGGCCGCACGCACGACAGAACCACUAAGAACGGCAACCUGUUGAGAGACUCUUCCUCAGAGCGGUAUCGGACGAAUGGAACACUGGAUAAACCGUACAGAGCGGAGCGGGACUCUUCCCCUGACAGCAACUACAGCCGGGAGGAGCAGAACUAUGCAGCAGCACCCAGAAUAAAGGACUAUUAUAGCAUGAUGAAGAACAAUGCUGCACACAACAAUGCUGCAUACAACAACACGGGCCAGAACAAUAACACAGUUGGCCGAAGCUCAAACCAGCUCCCUGAGCCCAAGAGAAGCCUGUACAAGGAAAGCCCCAAAGACCUCAGCAUCUAGAGCGGAGUGGACGCUCCCCUUUAUGUGUACCAUACACUGGAACUGGACCACCAGAGUCAGCCGGUUUAUUGAUAGACUUCACUUGUUGUGAUCCCAUGCAGAGAUUCCUUCAACAGCAGGAGUACAAUCCCAUCAGCUCACAUCGGUUGUUUUGUCAUCGUUACGUUGCUCAUAACAGGUUGUUGUACUAUAGUAGAAGUAUUGUAUGUGCCUGCAUAUGAAAUCGGUAAUAUUGCUUUUUGUCUGCAUUGCUGAAUCUAAAUGUUUUGUUCCCUUCUGAGAUAUGAAACAGGCUUCCAGUUGUGCUUUUUUAAAUGUAUUUUAUUUUAAGGAACAAAUGAUAGCACAAUUCACCGAUGGCUUACAAGAACUGUGAAAAUCACAUUGGUUAAUUUUCAAAGUUAAAAAAUCUUGAGUGCAGAUUUUUAAGAAUAAUUUAUUUAUGGCUGUCUUUAUUUAAUUUGGUACCUAUCUUGAGUGAGCUUGGUUAAAUCCUAGAUAAAUGUUGGGAAAGCAUGCUUAUCUAACCUUGUGUUACUUCUUUAAAAUGUGUUAUCCUUCUAAAAACACCCCAUUUUUCCCAAAAUUGAGAAGUUCCUCUAGGAGAUGUGAAAGGAAAUGAUAAUGGUGAUAUACCUUUAGCUUGGAUGGACCCAAGCUAAAACUAUCAGUCAGAAGGAAAAAUAAUAGAUUCAAGAUCCAGUGCAAGAUGCAUGCAUAAAUUAAUGUUGAGUUAUGUGACUUUACAUUGAAUUGAUAACAACUAAUAGGCACCGUGCACUGUUAUCUUUUUGAACUUGUUGCUUCUGCCACUACUUUCUUGAUGGCGCAAUCGACUCUCACAAAAAAUACAACAUCUUCAGUGUAUUGUCGAUUUUAACGAAUGCUUGGCCAUCGCGAGCAGCAGUGCAGGUAACCCCCAGAAAACACUUUUAGUUGCUAUUACUUCUUAGCAAUCAUAGCAUAAUUCCUAAAUAAAAGUAGAUAAUGGAACAUUAGAAAACAUUAGUACAUUUCUAGAAAUUACAGUGCAUCCAAGUAUAGUCUCGAAGACGACCAAUCUGCCAUGCUGAGCCAAGCUGUCUCCCCACUUGAGUCUGGCUGUUGCUUUAUAACGUGUUUUGUUCGUGUUCUGUUUGUUUCACUUUCAUUUAAACAAGUAACAAAGUGUCCGGAUAAUCAGAACAAAUAUAUUACUUGACCACAGUUGUCCACCGCGGUACUGAUUUGAAGUGAAAAAAAAACUCAUUUUUGAUGCUCACCUGUUGGUCAUCACCUGUAAAGAUGUUUCCUAUGUGAUUAUUAGGAAAAACACAAAAAUGUUGCCUUUUUAAUGUACAAAAGAGAAAUUUACGACAAACCUCAGCAAUGAGGAAUGUGAUAUUGUGUUUGUAUCUUUGAAAUGGACCUGAUGAUUUAUGGGAACUGUGUUGACUUACUCUGGAUCAGGUAUGUAAAGAUUUUUUUCGAAUGAAAGACUGUACCUGGUCAAUCAGAAUCUGUUUGUCCGUUUGAAUUUCUCGAUGGUUAGCCUGCCUUUGUAUUAUAAAGCACUUGUAUGCAGUCUGUGUUCUUCAAGCAUUAUUUCUUGCAAUGUGCUCUGGACAUAAUGCUGUGUAUGUGUUGAUAAGAGCAGUACUUGUAUAUGGGCCAUUUUUUUAUAUAAAACUAUGCAUAUAUAAAUAUUACAUUGUCCAUAGCUUUAUUUGACCCAUGAAGCUAUACAUAACAUUAGUCUAAGUACAAGUAGAUGUGGACUUAUCCAGCUUCUUUCCAUGAGAUGGAUUACAAUGUAUAUGUAGCUAUCAAAGGAAGUCUGUGAAUGCUAUUUUUAUUAUCAAAAUAAAGUUUUCCAUACAAAAUCAGAAGGAUGCUCAUAUUC